GCGGCGCUCGAUGAAUAUUACGAAUGGGCUAUUGAGUUUCCCGACACAUGGGGUCGCCUACCCGUCGGUUUGAUGUGGGGUCACGCAGUGAGCUUCGGCGCCUAUGAAGAAUGUUUAGCUGCUUCUUGGGAAUUCAGUACGGAUGAUGUAUUACGCGGUCAAUAUUGUUUGGCACGCGUGCCAAUCAAAAAAUAUAUGGACGAGAUUAAACCACGUCAAGUACGUAGUCCAGCUAGGAUCAGCUAUAAAUAUUCAAAGCCAGAGGCAUUUGAAUUAGGUGUUUGUAUACCAAGUUCAUGUUCCGCUGAAUUGGGUAAUAAAAUCUUGACUGGCGUGAUGAAUAAGUACUAUGAUGCUGGCAUCACUUCAACGAUGAUGCAAGAAAAAUAUUGCAAAUAUGAAGAGCCCGUUAAAUUUCGAGCGAUCGACAUCUUCGCCAUUGUUUUCUUUAGUUUCAUUGUAUUCUGUAUGAUAGCUAGCAGUGUUUACGAUUACAUAAAAACGAAAAAUAAAGAACCCAAGAAGCCACUUUUUGUGGCUUUCUCCGUACUCACUAAUGCGCCAAAGAUAUUCACUGUCAAACAAACAAAUAAUCCCAAUGUUAUACAAUGUCUCAACGGCUUGCGUUGUUUCUCACUGAUUUGGGUCGUUUAUGGUCACGGUUAUAUGACAUUCUAUCAGUUGCCUCACAUUAAUAUAGUUAAAGUCUAUACCUGGGUUGAAACUCCCUACUCUAUGUUGGUGCAAAAUGCCACACUUUGUGUGGACACUUUCUUCUUCAUGUCCGGCCUGUUGAUGUUGUGGGGCGCUUUCCGUGAAAUGGAGCGCACUAAGGGCAAACUGAACAUAGGCAUGAUGUACUUCCAUCGUUAUAUUCGCUUGACGCCCGUCGUAGCCGUUGUGAUCCUAUACAUUUUGUCGUUAUGUAAAUACUCAGGUCAUGGACCUAUGUGGAUGAAAAUCGGUACACAGGAUGAACGUUGUUCAGACACUUGGUGGGCAACUUUGUUGUAUGUGCAGAACUACGUUUUCCCCAAGAAGAUUUGCAUCAGUCAAUCUUGGUACUUGGCAGUCGAUACGCAACUAUAUGUCUUAUCGCCACUCUUCCUUAUUCCCCUAUGGAAAUGGGGCAAAAAGGCCCUCCCUCCAAUUAUUGGUGUCGCUGUGCUUUGUAUGGGCUGCACUUUCGCCACCUUCAUGAAAUGGAAAUUCUCGCUGUUCCGCGUCGACGAUGACAAUUUGGACGAUCGUCAACGUUUGACUUACUAUCCUACGCAUACACGUGUACCCACCUGGUUGAUUGGUGUGAUUUUCGGCUACUUCUUGUACACCAAGAAUCGUGGCAGACAAAUACCGUUAGCCAAAAUAUGGGUAGUCACUGGCUGGGUGGUGGCCUUUGGUGUGAUGUUGGCCUGUUUGUGGGGUCCUUACUGGCGUAUCCUACCACAGAAUCCCAGUGCUCCCAUUGUGGAAGGAGCUCUUUACGAGCCUCUAAGUCGCUCCUCCUGGGCAAUAGCUAUCGGCUGGAUUGUGUGGGCCUGCUACAAUGGCCACGGUGGUUUAAUUAAUGAUUUCCUCUCUUGGGGCUUCUUCACCGGCUUCAGUCGCCUCACUUACUGCAUGUAUGUAAUUCACAGAAUUGUGCAGUUGGUGAAUGAUGGACGCAUCCAAACCGAUACACAUUUUAGCGAUUACGAAAUGAUACUUCGAUGGUGGCACGAUUUCGGUGUUGCCCUAACUCUUUCCAUUUUUGCUACGUUGGCAUUCGAGUCACCAAUUUUGGGCAUUGAAAAGGCCAUUUUCGGCCAUGGUGAUAGUAAACCAGCGCCGAAAAAGAUAGAUCCAACGUUUUCUCCAGCUCCAGUUGAAGCUGAGAGAACAGUUCCGGAUGUUUCGACUCCCGAAGUGAGCAAAGCCUAA